AUGAUAGCUCCCUGCACGGAUGGCUCCUAUUACGUGUACAGCACUAUUAUAUCUUGGAAGUAUUGGUAUGGUAAUGCGCCAAUUUCCUGCAUGUGGGACAACUCACGUGAUCGAAAAGGGGAGGCCGUGCGAAGUGGCUUCAUCACUGCAACCAUCGAUGGAAAGAAGGUGAUGCUGCUCAGCACGCCGGUGUAUUCUGAUGAGAAGGGAGAGGGUCAGCUGCAUCUUUGGAUGACAGACAAUGCCCGUGUGCACGACGUUGGGCUGGUGUCUCGCGAAGGUGAUGACGCCGCCGCCAGCUCCCUGCUGUACAGAGCUGACAAGAAGGAGUUGAUUUUACUGUACGAGAAGAAGAAGAACGGAGAUUCAUACAGUCUUGUCGCCGUGAGCCUGACUGAGCAGCUGAAGCAGAUAAAGAGCGUGGUGAAGGCCUGGAAUGAUAUGGACACCACAUUGAAAAACUGUGCUUCCACUGGCACUGUUGACCCGCGGAUAAAGAAUGUGUGCAAGGGCCCUAUUCCCACGGAAGGGCUGGUUGGCUUUUGGUCCAACAGUUUGGAGGGGAAUUUAUGGAAGGACGAGUACCUCGGAGUGAACGCAACGGUGCAUGGUGGGAAUGUGGCAGGCACGGAGGGGGUUGUGAGGUUCCAAGGCGCAGGAGCAGGGGCGAAGUGGCUGGUGGACAACAAGGGGCAGUUUCAGCCGUACCACUUUGUGAAAAACAAGUUCAUUCUUGUGGCGACGGUGAUGAUUAACGCGGUGCCGGAGACAGACGGUCCUGUUCCUUUGAUGGGUGUGAGGAUGAACGACGGUGGCAGCACUGUGCUCGUUGGUCUGUUUUACACGAAGGACAAGAAGUGGGGAGUGACUGUCAACGGAAAGUAUCGGGGGUUGUCAGAUAAAGAUGGUACGUGGCAGCCUGGCACAACGUAUCAAGUGGUACUGAAAAGGCAUUGGAAUGAGUUGUAUGUGUACGUUGACAAUAAUGAACUUAUUCAGGAGGAUGUUCCGCACAGUGAGUAUACCUCACGCGGUGUCUUGGACUUCUACGUUGGCGGCGAUGGUGCGAAGGGGACAGGCGAGGUUGACGUGACGGUGGGCAGUGUCCUGCUGUACAACGACGCACUUGAUGAUAAUGGGCUCACGAGCCUCAGUGCCAGCAAAGUCACACUUCCAACACCGGCUGCUGAGGGACCAUUCACAACGCUGGGGAAUGAUGGGGAGAUUGCCUCCAAGCUGAAACCUGGAGAAAAGAUGGUUGGUGACGGUUUGAAUCCUAAAGGGCCUCUACCAGAGGAGGCCCAUAAAGGCAGUCACAGUGCUGGUGAGGAGUCGGGGUCAUCGCCGGCUUCCUCAUCGCCGGCUUCCUCAUCGCCGGCUUCCUCAUCGCCGGCUUCCUCAUCGCCGGCUUCCUCAUCGCCAGCUUCAUCUUCGCCAGCUUCCUCAUCGCCGGCUUCCUCAUCGCCGGCUUCCUCAUCGCCGGCUUCCUCAUCGCCGGCUUCCUCAUCGCCAGCUUCAUCUUCGCCAGCUUCAUCAUCGCCAGCUUCGUCAUCGCCAAAGGUGCGCCUGGCUGGCGGAUCCGACGACGGCAGCAUGGCUGACGGUGGAUCCGAAAGCACCAGCGCGAUUCUUGCGAAGGACGCACCCAACAUUUCUCUUUCUGGUGAAAGCUCCGUUGCUUUCGACAACCCUACACGUGUGAGGCCCGAUUCAGGAAGAGGUGACGGCACGGUGCGUGGGUGUGUGUCUCGGCUGCUUCUGCUGCUAUUGGGGCUAUGGGGCUUUGCGACCCUGUGCUGA